GCGUUCGUCAAGAUGAAGUUUUCCGAGUGCAAACCGCCGCUAUGCGCGGAAGUGCUGGCUGGGAUUGAGGAGCUUGGGUUCACAGACAUGACGCCCGUACAGUCUGCGACGAUGCCGCUCUUCCUGACCAAUAAGGAUGUGGCAGUGGAUGCAUCCACGGGCAGUGGGAAGACCCUCUCGUUCGUCCUCCCAACCGUCGAGAUGCUUCGGCGUCGGCUGUUGGCGACACAGGACGACGACGUGGCUAACGUUCUUGCCACCAAGAAGCACAGCCAGUUGAUGGCCAUGCUUCUGUCGCCCACGCGCGAGUUGGCGCGCCAGAUCUACGACCAAGCAGUGUUCUUCUUCAGCCGGGUGUUGCCAGACGUGCACGUGCUCUUGUUCGUGGGCGGGACGUCCGUGGACGAAGACAUGGCGGCGAUCCGCGCGGCCAAGGGCUAUGUAAGCGUCAUCGUGGGCACGCCCGGCCGCAUCGAAGACAUGUUCAACCGCAUUGCGGAGCUGGCGAUCUUGGACACGAAAGAGUUUGAGGUGCUGAUUCUGGACGAAGCCGAUACGUUGUUGGACAUGGGCUUUGACAUUAGCAUCAACAACAUUCUCGGGAAACUUCCCAAGCAACGGCGCACGGGGCUGUUUUCCGCCACGCAAACACAGGAGGUGAAAGCGCUGGCCCGCGCCGGACUGCGCAACCCCGCGACCGUGUCUGUCCAGCUCGCGUCCAACACCAAGACCCCGUCGACGUUGACCAACUACUUUACGCCCGUCGAGUACGACGCCAAGUUGGCCACGUUGCUCCAGUUCGUCCAGAACAAGCCAUCGGAGAAGCACAUUGUGUUCUUCUCCACGUGCGCAUCCGUGGAUUUCUACGGCGCCGUGCUCGCGCACUUGACCAAACACUCGAAUAACGUUGUGACACUUCACGGCAAGAUGCAGCCCAAGAAGCGCAUCGCGCACUACGACGAGUUUGUCCAUGCGCCGGCUGGGCUGCUUGUGUGCACGGACGUCGUCGCCCGGGGCAUCGACCUCCCCGACGUGGACUGGAUCAUCCAGUUCGAUCCGCCGCAGGACCCCAACUUCUUUGUCCACCGCGUGGGCCGCACAGCCCGCGCCGGACGGUCCGGCUCGGCACUCACGUUUCUGUCGUCAAACGAGGACGCGUAUGUGAACUUUCUGAACAUCCGCAAGGUGCCGCUCACAGAGAUGCAGGUGCCUGUGUCGACGGAAGAGGCUGAGCAUGUACUGGACCAAGUCAAGGCGCUGCAGCUGACGGACCGCGAUGUGCUGGAGAAGGGCACAAAGGCGUUCAUUUCGUUUGUCCGGUCGUACAAGGAGCACCAGUGCCAGUUUAUCUUUCGGUUCCGCGACUUAAACUUGGCCAAGGUCGCGACGGGGUUUGCGCUGCUCCAGCUGCCCAAGAUCAACGAGCUCCGUUGCUUGGACAACAUUGCAUUUACGCCGUCGGGGGUGAAGAUUGUGGACAUUCCGUACAAGGACAAGGCCCGGGAAAAACAGCGCCAGAAAAAGCUCGUCGAGAUUGCCGCCGAGCAUAAAGCCGAAAAGCUCGACCGGUUUGAAAAGAAGCAGCUCGACAAGAAGCGCAAGGCGGCGGUGGACGAGGACGGGCCCCGCCGACGGGAGAAGAAGAAGGGCAUGCACCAGCAGAUCGUCGAGGAGUGGGAAGAGCUCGAGAAGGAAGAGCACUUGUUCAAAAAGUUCAAGCGCGGCAAAAUCACCAAAGAAGAGUAUGACGCGGCGCUGGGCGACCUCUCCGACGACGAGACCGGCGCGACCAAACAGGAGAAGAAGUUUAUCAAGAAGGAAGGCGUCAAGCAGAAGACGGGCGAGCAAAAGGCAAACGCCGCCAAGCGCGAAGAACGCAUCCGUGCCCGCAAAAAGGCCGAGCAUAUCAAGCGAAGUCAGCAGCGCGCCAAAUAUAACGGCAAGCGUUGAUGUAGGACGGACUGUAUUGCUUUGUAGGAUAAUUUAAAAUAAAGGAGGCUCCAUAACAAAGUAU